AAAUAAUUAUAUUGAUUGAUUCCAUCUUAUUUUCAAUUAUAAAUUUUAUUGGAUUAUAGUUAUUGUAUAAUAUCACGAAAUAUAACUGUGAAAUGGAACUUCUAGAUGUUAUGAAAAAUUUAAGUAUAAAACAUAGUUCAAAUGAAAGUGAACAACAAAUCUUUAAGUCAGUAGCUGCAGAUAUUGAUGAUCUUCCUACUGAAAUAGUUUUUGCUGAGUAUUCGGAUAGAAUAUUAAUUAUUUUAUCUCAGUAUCAGAAAAUUGGAAGUAUGUUGUUGGUUCAUAAGGAUCAAGUUCCCAGUCCCCUAGGUACAAAUGAUAUUUAUACAACAAAAGUUAUUUUUGGUGCCACAGGAGAAGAGCAGCAGGUUGCAGCAAGAUAUUUAGCUGAAGCAAUCAACAUUACAAAACCACUUUGCAUAUUCAUAAAUCUAAAAUCCUAUGAUAUUGAAACAGUCAAAGCUUGCAAAGACAUAAUAUUAGAUCUUAAGCAAGAAGAAUCAAAUUAAUAUGUCUGCAACAAGUGUUAAAAAGUUUAAACCCGCACAUAAAUACUAUGGUCAACUGGUUCUUGGACCGCCUGGUGCAGGAAAAACAACAUACUGUUCAAAAAUGGGAGAAUUGUUGAAGAAGUCAGGAAGGAAAAUUGUUAUUGUAAAUUUAGAUCCAGCCAAUGAUAUGAUGUCUUAUACACCAGAUAUAGAUGUCAGAAAAUUAAUUGAUUUCAGAAAAGUAAUGGAUCAGAAUAGUUUGGGUCCCAACGGAGCACUGAUAUAUUGCAUGGAAUAUUUAGAGAAAAAUAUAGACUGGCUUUUAGAUCAAAUUGAAAAUGAUAACUUUACAAAUUUUCUAUUUGAUUUGCCUGGUCAAGUAGAACUUUACAGCCAUCAUGAAAGUCUCAGUAAAAUAUUUUUUAAACUAACAAAUGAGAAAAAUAUUCAGUGUUGUGUAGUUCACCUGGUUGAUUCUCAUCACUGUUCUGAUCCUGGCAAAUUUAUAGCAGCUUUAAUGUUGUCACUGAAUGCCAUGCUAAAAAUUGGUUUACCACAUAUAAAUUUGCUAACAAAGGUAGAUUUGCUUAAGAAACAUAAGGACAAAUUACAUUUUGGGAUUGAUUUCUAUACUGAAGUAUUACACCUUGAUUAUUUGUUGGAUUGCUUGGAUACUGAUAUGUUCACUAGUAAAUAUAAAAAGCUUAAUAGUGCCAUUGUGUCAAUUAUUGAAGACUACAGUUUAGUUAGUUUCCAUCUGAUUAACAUGAUGAAUGAAGUAAAUUUGCUGGAAAUUAAGAACUUAGUUGAUAAAACUAAUGGAUAUGUGUUUAAAGCAGAAGAAGGCAGACAUAUUAAUAGUAUGUUAGCAUGUGCUAUGGGGGUGGGAAAGCAAGUUAACAAUGACCUUAAAGAAUUGUAAUAGUAUAAGCAAAUUUUUUAAAAGUAUUUCAAUUAGUAACAAUUUUCAUAUCUAAACUUUUGAAAUCAAUGUCACCAACUGAUAAUAUUGACAAAAUGAUAAUGAAAAAUGUAAGUUUGUUAAAGUGUUGAAUAUUAUUGAAUAGAUAUUAAUUAUAUACGUAAUUAAGUAAUAAUUUGAUAUGUAUGUGUGAACUAGAAUAUGUACAAAGAUACAAAAUAUUAAAUAAUAUUCAGAAACGAGACUAUCCUCUUUAAGUAAAUAUUCUUAUUUACUUAAGCAUCUACACCUAUUUUUACAUAUAAAUUUUCAUAAUCACUUCACAACAUUAAGUAUUUAUUUAAAAAGUGGUCUUGUAGAGAACUAAAAAUCAUUUUAGUGUAGUUGUGUAUAGUGGUUAGGAUUUGGUAAGUUGAAUAACAUCCUAGAUAUAGUACUAAGUUUCUUAAUAUUUUGUUACUGUUUAUUAAACACAGAUUCACGUGAUUAUCAUUCUAGUCUCAUACAUUAUCAUGUUUAAAAUAAGCAUUCUGAAAUAUUUUGGAACUCUAUUGCACCAAAUAUUGUAAUGAAAUCUUAAAAAUGAUUCAAUUACAAAAGAUCAUUAUAUUUCAGUAUUCCUGGAACCCAUGCCCUUAUCAAUUAUAAUUUCCACGUUUCAAUAUUAGCUUAUAACAUAAAACACUUCGGUGGAAAUGAAGGCAGAAAAGGGUGCGUCAAUAUUGUUUCGUUAGGACAGGUUUUGAUUUUUAAACUCUGAUACAAUAUCAUAUUUUUAAAUAACAGUUAAUGAAUUUAUUUGACUGGUACGUAUGAGUUUAAAUGUAAUAAAAGUAUUACAGGUUAGUUGUAAAUGAAAUUAAGGUAGAAGUAAAGGUUAGUCGUAAAACGUAUAUAUUAGGUGUACAACUUUGCUUCCGCCGUUUUUUUCCGAAAUUCGAGGCUUUAUUGUAAAAAACUGGUUAUAUAUUUAUAAUUCAAAGUAUUGUCCAUCGCUGGCUACUACUUUCUCCCAUCUUUCAGGCAGCGUACGAAUCCCGAGAAGAAAAAAACUGGUCAUCUUUUGAAGCGAUCCACGAAUCGAUCGAAUUUUAUACUUUUUCAUAAGAAUGGAAGUGCUGGUCAGCCAGGCCGGGUGCCAUUGAUCAAAGCAAGUGAUAGUCUGAGGGAGCAAGGUCUGGAGAAUACGGCGGGUGGGGUAGGAUUUCCCAUUUCAACGUUUCUAAGUAUGUCUUGACCAAUUCGCAACAUGGGGUCGAGUAUUGUCAGGUUGUAAAAUCACUUUAUCAUGUCUCUGGUUGUAUUGCGGCCGUUUGUCUUCAAUGCUCGGCUAAAACGCAUUAAUUGCAUUCGAUAACUAUCGCCUGUGAUCGUUGUAGUCGGUUCUAACAACUCAUAAUGCACUACGCCGAGCUGAUCCCAUCAAAUACUGAGCAUAGCCUUGGAACCGUAAAUAUUCGGUUUGGCCGUCGACCUGGAAGCAUGGCCGGGAUAUCCCCAUGAUUUUCUGUGCUUGGGAUUAUCGUAAUGAACCCAUUUUUCGUCCCCAGUCACAAUGCGAUGCAGAAAUCCCUUCCGUCUUUGCCUUGCAAGCAGCUGUUCACAUGCAAACAAACGCCGUUCAACAUCUCUCGGCUUCAAUUCGUACGGCACCCAAUAUCUUUGUUUUUGACUCAUUCCCAUGACUUUCAGGCGUUUUAAAAUGGCUUGUUGAUCACUUCCAAUGAUCCUGCCACUUCUUUUUGCGUUUGACACGAGUCUUGAUCAAGUAAUGCCUCCAAUUCUGCAACUUCGAAAACCUUCUCUCUUCCACCGCCAUGCUGGUCUUCGACGUCAAAAUCAUCGUUCUUGAAGCAUUGAAACCACUCUCGGCACGUUCUUUCACUAAUAGCUGCCUCAUUAUAGGCAUUUGAGAGCAUAUUAAAGCAAAAAAUUAAAACCUCCCGCAAAUGACGAGAAUUUGGCUGGUAAGCUGACAUGUUUUGUAGAGAAUAAUUUUGUGAUGCAGACGCAAAUCGACUAAUAUUUCGAUGGCGUUAUGUUUACAAAUACAUUAAAAUUUGACGUUCAUAAGCGGCUAAAAUGUCCUACAUGAAUAAAUGAUUUUUGAAUUUGAAUACCUAAGCUUAUUGUAUGACAUCUACGAUCUAUUUAUUUCGACUACCAUUUACCGCUACAGCCAUCUAUUUCAAAACGGCGGAAGCAAAGUUGUACACCUAAUAUUUUUAAACCUUCAUAUAUAAACAUAGAUAUUAGAUCAAUAUAUUAUAACAAGUUUAUUUUAGACAACUUUAUUUCUGAUUUUUUACUUUGUUUCUCAGUGAAUCUCGAUUAGUUUCCUGAUUAAUUUAUCUCAGCAUUUCGGUUUGAUAUACCCGUUGACUAACUUUGUAUAUUUGAAUAAGGGGCGUCAUUGUCGCUAGGCAACAUCAUGUUAUGACGCUCGGUACGCAACUUUAUAAAAGCGACAUAAGCAGUUUAUACACCAGCCUGCCUUCAACUAUAAUUGUAUCUAACAUAGACUUACCAUCAAAUGCUUAAGAGACAACACCUAUUACCGUAAAAAUUCCUUAGCGACACUUAUUGAUGACCACAAUGAUUGGCGUGGCUUAUUAGUAUACUAAAAAACGCUGUUCAAAUAGAUAAGCCAACAAAAUGUGACAGACAGAAGUAAUUUUAAUAAUGGCAAUUUUAAUUCUAUGUCAAAUAUACGAAGUAAUGCGCCUGAAAUGUAGAUUUUCAGUCUGCUGAAAUUCCACAUUUCUUCUACAUUAUGAGUAUCUUGUUCGAAUACCAUUAAACACAUAUUUAAACAUAAUGAACACACAGGAAAAUUUAUUGUUGCGGAUGCACAAUAAAAUUUUGGAAAACAAAAGGAUGAAAGUUAAUAACAGGUGGAUUUUUCUGGUAUGGUCAUAGUAUACUGGGAAUAAAGCUUGUUCCUACCUCUAUACAGGUACAAAGAGGAUUGUUUGUUUGACUUCAUUCAUACGAAUGCGUCAGCAUCGAGAACGAAGCGUCAAUUAGUUGUAGAUAAUGUAUAAUUUUUGCAUGUAUGUAACCACAUUUGUCACCUCUUCGCUGUGUAUACCAAAAUCACUCUACAGAUUUGAAUAAAACUGUUGUAAGCCCAUUGUUAAGAUUCUACUUUUAAGAUAAUUUUAGGAAUCCUACUAAUAAAUUAUGAAUUAAGUUUGAAAGAGCAUU